CAAGAACCCAGGGAGCCAAGAAGUCAGUCGAAGGUUUCUCCCCCGCAAUUCCACACACGGAGACUGAGCGGGGACGACAAUCCUUAUUUCCACCCUUCCAUCCAUCCAUCCUCAACAUCCUCAACAUUCUACCCCACACGUCUGUCUCUACACAGUCACACACUCUCACGCUUCUUCCAGAUCCUUGACCAUGGCGAUCGACCACACUGUCCUGUACGUCCCCGAAGACAAAUUCCAAGAAUGCCUCGCCUUCUACCUCGCAGCGCUCAAGCCGCUCCGUUAUGAAAUCCGCUAUCGGAUCAGCGAGCUCAUCGUGGGCCUGGGGUCGGUGCAUGAUGACAUCGGCAGUUACCGCAAGGCGGACUUUUGGGUCCUUGGGGCCAAAACCACCUCGGAUUGUCCGGCCCACAUUGCAUUCACUUGUCACGACCAUGCCACAGUUGACGCUUUCCAUGCUGCCGGGAUCCAGGCUGGGGGCAAGGAUAACGGUGGCCCGGGCUUGCGACCGUCCUACCAUGCCACUUACUAUGGCGCCUUCGUGCUCGAUCCCGCGGGAAAUAACCUCGAGGCGGUGGAUCAUGGUCUGCGCUGAGGGUGGGGGUGGUGGGGAGAGGCGUUUGCUCUCUCAUCGCAUCGGAUGAUGAGCAAUCGCGGCAUUCAAAAUACUGUGUAUCUUAUUGCUACCCAGUCUAACAAUCAAGAGAAG